AUGCUGCACAUGACAGAUGUUUUGGAUAUCUUGAAGAAUCCCCAGCUCUUCCGUCUACAUGAUCAAGAAGAGAAUCCAGAAACCAUCCCCAUAAGAAAUCCAGGGGCUCUGAAAGUUUCUCAUCAAAAGUUUAGGGAUUUUCGAUAUCUUUCAGUGACCGGGCCUCAUCAAGCUGUGAGCCAAAUCCAGGAGCUCUGCCGGCAAUGGCUGCAGCCGGAGACCCACACCAAGGAGCAGAUGAUGGAGCAACUGGUGCUGGAACAGUUUCUGAAUACCCUACCAGAGGAGGUUCGGACCUGGGUGAGGUCAAAAAAGCCUAAGAACAGCAAGGAGGCAGGAACGCUGGUGGCCAGUUUGAUCCAAGCAUGUGAGGAGAAAGGUUUCCCUCAGGAGUUUGUCAUUGCAGAAGAGAGGAACACCAACAAACUCCAAAAGGACACAGAGAUGUCUGACAAUCCCUCAUCUGCUGGAUCCCAGGAGUUGGUGACUUUCAAGGAUGUGGUUGUGGACUUCAGUCCGGAGGAAUUAACCUACCUUAGUGCUGCUCAGAGGAACCUCUACCGGGAGGUGAUGCUGGAGAAUUAUAGGAAUCUGGUCUCCUUAGGGUACCAGUUCUCUAAACCCGACAUUAUCUCACAGCUGGAAGAGGAAGAGUCACGUGUGAGGGAGGAAGACAGCAAUACAGAGAUAUGUCAAGAUGGGGAGAACAGACCUAAAACCAAAGAUCUAACUCCAGAGCAAAGCCUGCCUAUGGAAAAGUCAUCCUUGGGGGCAGGAAUGGAGGAUCUGAUGGUAGGUAACUUCUGCAGUGUCUAUGUAGGAGAAUCUUCUCCUGAUGAUCCAUCAGAUUUGUACCAGGUCAACCAGGAGAAACCUUUGAGUCCUGUAACAAUGACUGAGCCCAAGACCCCCACUCAAGAAAGAAGCCAUGACAGUGAUGAUUUUGAGAGGAGCUUAUAUGUUACUAAACAAUCGGAAGGGCCUCCAGGAAAGGAUCCCCAGGAAUGUGCUACUCCUGGAAUUUGCACCCGUCCCCAGUCAGUGGAUGAUGAGCCUUUCUUCCAAGAGAACAGAUGUGGAUUUUGUGAAAGAACUUUUCUUUCCCAGACAGCUCGUGAGAGACAUGAGCAGAUCCAUACUGGGAAGAAACCCUUUGAAUGUAAACGAUGUGGAAAAGCCUUCUACCUCAUGGCACACCUCACCAGACAUCAGAGGACUCAUUCUGGUGAGAAGUCCUGUGGAUGCAAUGAAGGUGGAAAGUCUUUCAUCCAGCGUGCAAAUAUCUGUGGCCGUGUAAGAAUUCAUAGUCAGGAAGACUACUAUGAAUGUUUCCAGUGUGGCAGAGCCUUUAUCCAGGAUGUGCAUCUUUUUCAACAUCUGAAAGCCCACGAGGCAGCAAAAGCCCUUCCACCUGGGUUGCCCCGCAUUAAGACGUAUUUAAUUCGAUAUCAGCGGAAACAUGACUAUGUUGGAGAGAGAGCCUGUCAGUGUUGUGACUGUGGCAAAGCCUUCAGUCGGAGUUCACAUCUUAUUCAACAUUAUCGAAUUCAUGCUCAAGAGAGGCCUUACCAGUGUCAGCUGUGUGGGAAGUGUUUCAGCCGACCCUCAUACCUCACUCAACAUUAUCAACUCCAUUCUCAAGAGAAACCUGAUGAGUGCAAUUAUUACUAA